CACUGCCAAAAGCAAUGCCAGGGCCCAAUAAACUAGAGGAAUCAUUAUCGGGGAGCGCUCAAACCGGAAAAGAUCAGGUGAAGCUGAAGCCACUGCACUGGGAUAAGGUCAACAUUGCCAACACGGAACAUUCGAUGGUGUGGAACAAAAUCGAUGGUGGUUCUUUCAAGUUUGACGAUGAUCUGAUGACAGCUCUAUUCGGAUCUGUCGCCACCAACCGCAAAUCUCCUCGAGGGAAAACCAGUUCAGCGAUUCCUAGUGCUGUCACUCCAGGCCCAUCAGGACAGAUCUUUAUACUCGAUCCUCGAAGGUCGCAGAACAUUGCGAUUGUGCUCAAGUCUCUGGCUGUUUCCCGCAAAGAAAUUCUCAGUGUGCUCACCGAAGGCCAAGGCCUAAAUGCCGAUACUCGAAAAGCUUGACAGGAUUACCCCACGAAAGAAGAGGAAGCCCAGAUCCUCGGAUUCGCUGGCGACCCCACAAGACUUGCCGAUGCAGAGUCUUUCCUCUACCACAUCCUCAAAGCUGUCCCCUCCGCUUUCACUCGUUUUAGCGCCAUGCUGUUUAGGCUGAACUACGAAUCAGAGACCCUGCAGCUAAAGGAAUCUUUACAAACACUUGAGUCGGGCUGCAAGGAACUUCGAUCACGAGGACUCUUCAUGAAACUUUUGGAAGCGAUUCUUAAGGCUGGCAAUCACAUGAAUGCUGGAACUUCCCGAGGAAAUGCGCAAGCCUUCAACCUCACCUCUCUGCGGAAACUCUCCGAUGUCAAAAGCACCGAUGGAAAGACUACCUUGCUUCACUUUGUCGUGGAAGAGGUGGUCCGAGCAGAAGGGAAACGCUGUGUUGCCAACCGGAACCAUAGCUUGAGCCGCACCAGCAGCCAGAGCAGCAGUGCAAGCACACACUCUGAGCAUAGGAUGUCAGGAGAGGAAAGAGAGAAGGAGUACAUGAUGUUAGGAUUGCCGAUCAUAGGAGGUCUCAGCGCUGAGUUCUCUAACGUGAAGAAAGCCGCAGCAAUUGACUAUGAAACCUUCGCUGCCUCAUGUGCAGCUCUUACAUCCCGUACAGAGGAAAUCCGGCAACUCGUGUCUCGAGGUACUAGGGACGGAGGAGGGUUCGUGAGAGUAAUGCAAGGAUUUCUCAAAGCCGCCAAAGAAGAAUUGAGUGCCUUGAGGACAGAUCAGGCAGCUGUGAUGGAGAUGGUAAAGAGGACAACUGAGUACUACCAACCAGGGGCCUCAAAGGACAAAGGAGCAAACCCACUUCAGCUGUUUGUUAUUGUUAAGGAUUUCCUGAACAUGGUUGAUCAGGCGUGUGUGGAAAUUGCUCGAAACCAGCAGAGGAGGAAAACGGCGACGGCAAGCACAGGGUCAUCAUCGCCAACAUCUCCAGCAACAAGACCCCCUGUAAGGUUUCCAAAGUUGCCACCACAUUUCCUGUCGGAGAAGUCCGGGAGCAUGUCUAGUGGAUCUGAUUCAGAUUUAUGAUUCGGCUCGUAUUUGAAAGCGAACAGGCUAAUGUGUAUAGGCAUCAUAGAAAGUGUACUAUACGAGCAAGCAUCGAGCAUUCUUUCAUUUGCAUCAUAUUCUUUCCCAAUUAUUGGUAAAUAUGAUCGUGUAUAUCGUUUUUCUUUUUUCCGCACUUGCUGUUGCAAUGUUUUCUCUUUUGUAACCUGAGUAAUUAGUGCGAGUGUCAGUCGAACUGUUGAGCUUGAUCAUUAUGCUUAGUCCGAGAUGAUUGAAGGA